CCACAUUUUGCAGGGCCAAGGCGAAAGCAGGAUCAUUCUUAUUAUUUAAUAUCACCAACCAAAAAAAUCUCAAAACACUUGCCCUUGGAAGAGAGGAGAUAUCCUUGCUGCUGCACGGAAAAUGCCAUGAUGAACGGGCAAAUAUGGAAUCCAUACAUAGCUUGGGGACCUAGUAUAUCGUUCGUUGGUCUACUCCGGCAUGCGGUACAAAUCCAGUCGUUUUGCCAUUGUCGCCAUCGAAUACUUUGAAGGAGUUUUUGUUCGAUGAUGACCUAUUCAAAGCCUGGCCCGUUGUCUGUGCAAAAAGAGGAUUUCCACAAAAAGCAGCAAAUCUCGUAUUCAGCCUUCAAGGUUUUUCCCCCUCAUUUGCAGCAGCAGCAGGUGAGGGGCAUGAUGCUUCGGAGAGCUUAUUAUUAUUAUUGUUAUUAUUUCGCAUCGAAAACCAGACUUGCUAGUUAGUUACAAAAAUCGAAAUGGCUCGCUCACGCGCAAUGACAUCAAUAAUAUUCGAAAGGGAAAAAAAAGAAAAGACAAGUGGAGAAUGAAUGGAAAUAGUUAUUGGAUUGUCAGUCAAUCUUCGGGGCCUUCUAAAUAAUGAUAAGUGCCCGUCGUUGUCCUAUCCAUCCACCUGGGCAAACUUGACCGCCAAUAUAAAUCCCCCGCUGUUACUAUGUAACUACAGUACAGUACAGUACAGAUAUGUCAAUCUGUCACAGCCCUCCAGCCGCCCUGCACGUUCCCAACCAAGCUCUUAGCAUGGGUUCUGGCGGUUCUGUAUGUCUAUCAUCAUAUGCACUUUAGCGCUCAUUCGUCAGCUAUUCAUGUCUUCACCCAAUCUACGGAGCAUAUCGAAUGAACCUCCGGUUGAUCCAACCAUCUCAUUGCCUAGCCGCUGGGGCCUAAGACGGUUCUAAAAUGGCUUUUGGGCCAGAAAGAAUUAUUCGGCUGGCGAUCUUGCGACUCGCUGCAUAUAUUUAGCUCUCUUCGCUCCCCUCCCCCCCCUCUCGUCCUCAAGAAUGGUUUUCAUUUUUUUUUCUUUUUCUUUUAUCAGCGCAUAAGAUUCGCCCUUGUACUCCCUCUUUCUAUUGAUUUAUAGUUAUUUUUUGCUGUGUUUUAUUUAAUAUUUAUCUAUUUCGUUCUUAUAAAGAAUUUAUUUAGUAUUGUUUCCCUUGCAUAAGUCGCAUCCAUUCUCUUUUUACCCCGCUUCAUCGAGCAUCCUAGGUUGAUCAUCGUCGAGAAUGGCACACCAACCCUCCCAAGGGCAACAGCUUCCACAGGGAGGAUACUAUCCCCCUCCGAACCAGCUACAAGCAUACCCACCUCCUCCAGGCCAGGGCGGCUAUGCACCCGCGCCCCCGAACUACAACUACCCACCCCCAGGAGGCCAACCUAGCCCAUUAGCGUACCCUCCCCCUCCAACCGGAGGUCAAACCUCUCCACCCCCACCGCAAGCUUCACCUCUCCCCGAAAAGUCACCGCUUGGACCUGGCGGAGCCCCACCCCAGGGUCAAUUUGCGGGCGUGCAGUCUACAUCCGCGGAUGAUGUCGGCACAUUCAAUGGCGGUAGCUACCGGAUUAGCCACCGAGAUUCGAACACCAUCCUGACUCUCCAGUUGGCAAUGGGAUGUCCACUCAGCGCUAAGCCAGGCGCCAUGAUUGCCAUGUCUCCCACCAUGACUCUCAAAGGAUCCGUCAAGUUCUCGAUGAAGAAGCUCAUUGCCGGUGGAGAAAUGUCGACUUCGACCUACACGGGCCCCGGAGAGCUUCUGCUCGCGCCGACAUUGCUUGGUGACAUCACCGUCCUGCGCCUCAACGGCCAUGACACAUGGUCUGUUGGCAAAGAUGCGUUCUUAGCCGCUACCCAAGGCGUGGUCAAGGACUACAAGAACCAGGGUCUAAGCAAAGCGCUCUUCUCUGGCGAGGGAUUGUUUGUGUACAAAAUGUCUGGCAACGGCCUGUUGUUCAUGCAGAGUUUUGGUGCGAUUAUCAAGAAAGAUCUUGCGGAUGGCGAAAAAUACAACGUCGACAACGGCCACCUCGUCGCCUGGAACUGCAAGUAUGUCAUGGAGCGGAUCGCAUCAGGGGGCAUCAUCUCAGGUAUGAGCGCCGGUGAAGGGUUGGUUUGCAAAUUCACGGGCCCCGGAACUGUAUACUUGCAGACGAGGAAUCCGUCGGCCUUUGCAAUGUGGGUUACGGCGAACGCAACCGGAGCUGGAGCGUAGUGGAUGCAAUUGAACGAAAGAAGGGGGGGGGGAGGGUUAAUGUUUUAUCGAUGGACUUUUGAGAUGAUAUAUAAUAAUGAUUGCGAUUCUUCCCUCUCUGUUUCUGUUCUACGUGUGUUGUUGGCAUUUGUGUAUUUGGUUUCGUUUGGAAAAACGCAAAACUUGAUCUCGCCCUCUUUUUUUUCCCCUUCAAGCUCAGCACUGUGAUUCCCCGAUAUUUUUCCCUUCUAUUUUUGCGGUACUCGCUGCUUUGGGCAUUUGUUUGACUGUAGGACCUCAUUUUGAACUCCUUCCCUCCCCCCCUUGUUGUUGCUUAAAACAACCUUGGAAUACAAUCCAUUGCCUUCUUUCAGACCCAAGUUCAGAUAAUUCUGAUUACCCUUUUCACCUACCCCGAGAGAAUUUUCCAAUACACCUAUCAAACUUCUAUGGAUACCUGCGAGAAUCGACAUUUACGUUACGAAUCACCGAACUAUUUAUUGUGCCGUGCCAUGUCGUAGCCCCAUCCAUGCUCACGGAUCCUUUCACCUUUCAUAUCCCCACCUCGCCCUCCUCUCUCUCCCUCCUUUCAUCAACAUUCGGCACACGAAUUAGUUAGAAGGAAAGCUCACCUCAUCUCAUCGACGAAUCAGCUGACGGUGGAAGGACAGUGUAGGUGUCAGUUUCCAGCUUAAGCCGCUGCAGCUGUUAGGAGGUCGUUUGAUGGGAUGAGACGACGUGGUGAUGUUCAUACCCUUGUUCAGACGACGAUGAGGAUAUAUGAAUGGUAUACUAGUAGCACGGCGUUCUACCCGAGACCGAGACCACAGAGAAGGGGAAGGACGGGUUUGUCGCUAUGCGGUCUAGGUCCAUGAAUGAAGAAGGGCUGGCGCAUUGUGAAAUUCAUUUCUUUUCCAUUUAUUGUCGAAGCUUUCUAUCUAGAGUCCACCCUAGAUUCGUACCUCGACAACUCCGUUGCGCGUUAAAAUCUGGAAAAAAAUUGCUGAAAACACUGAAACCCCUCCGUGAUAUCGCUACCAGUGUACUCGUUCAUAAUAGUAGAGGCCAAAGAUCAUACUGGGAAUGGCCAGUCUCCGGACCUGAGUCUCAAUCAACGGAUUAAAUAAUAAUUAAGAAAAUGACAGCAGGGGACGGUGGGGCAAGAAGAGUACACGGGAAGGCAUUGCAUCAUCCAUCCCCCCCCCUCCCCCCUUGCCAUCGCCAGAAGUGAACGGCGUAAGUUAGGUUCCAAUGGAUCAAUGAUUCUCAGCGUCAUUCUCAAGUCCAACUCCGAACCACCUACGCAAUACUCACCAGCCGAUCAUCAAUGGGUCACAAGGACCCCCGUACCAUAUGGUGCAUGGAGAUGUAUAUGACAUACAACAAGCUACGACAGGCAAAGAAUUUGGUCACUCCUGUCGGGAAUAUACCUCAUUUCUGCAUUACCCCCAAGGUUUAAGUCCACAUCACUGGAUUUUCCAGCCAUUCCCUCAAUUUGGGAUACAUUUGGAUAUCCCAAGCUUGGACCCUUUUUGCAAAAUUAUUGAUUCCGUCGGUAUAUCUCAGGAGGCAGCAGAAACUGAAGCAGCCAGCAGACGGGAUAAAAUUCGUUUAUCUGCCUAGGUGGUUCCUCAGGAGACCCCCCCCGGCAACUUCCGUCAGGCAAUUUGUCAUAAGAGAGCGUUGUUGGUCCUGACAUCAGGGAAAAUCAAGUUGGUCUACUCUCUAGGAGGCAUCACGGCAGAAUGGAUGGCCGCUGGAAAUAUCACCAAGCGCACGCCAUCCACGAGUUGCGAAACUACCUCGUUUUUGGUUCCCAUGCUGAAAAGAUAGAUGCGGCUAUAAAUGCGGACGCAGUCCUGGAUUGAAUUUCUAGGACGCAACGUAGUGGCUCCGAACCGCGCUAGGCAGAUCCAAUAGUCUCCAUCCCACCGCUGGGAGAGUGAAGAUAUGAAGCCCGUCGCAAUGCCUGGAAACCGUUGUUUGGGUCCCCGAGGAAUAGACCACUAAUGUCCUCACCACAUGUGCCAGGCGUUGCUGAUGUGAUUGCAGCCCAAUGAGGCGUCGAGAUAAUGAACGGCAGCGGUGUUACUGAGGAUAAGCAGAUCCACGGCUAUGGCAGAGAUGAAUCCUAAGCCAUCAUGAUUGCUUCUGGGUUCGUGGGCCAAGGUACGGAAGAUAGUUCUUCAAACAGGACAAUACAAUCCCCUUGCCCGCGUGAAAAGUAUGCAAAGGGGAUUUACUGUACCAGGCAUAUCGGCAGAAAUCCCAGCGGUCACACGGAUGGUAGCAUUUUUAUGAUAUAUAGCUUCCCUUCGAUUUUUCCUUUCCAGAAAGUUGUACCAUAAGUGUUCAAUGCAGGAUCAAGGCCGACUCCACUGACCUCCGUACUCCAGGAUUAUGUCAUUAUUCACAUCUAGUUAUGUGCAUUUACAUGUACAAAGCCAUCCAUCCGCGCAUAGCUUUUGUAAAUGACAGAGCAUAGUAUUCCUCCAAUAAAAGGUUAGGGUUAGCUAGUAGUUUUUCCUCAAGGCAUAUACUAGAUAUCAAUUCCGCGGACUACUCACCUUGUCCUAUUCGUGGCUGA